AGCAUGGCGGCGUUGGUAGUGGUCGGUCGGUGUAGCUCUGCCGGUAGAUUAACGAUUACUUCGAUCUUACGCCCCCGGGGCACUAAUUCUAUUAACGUAUGGCGCAGGUAUCUAAACGUUUCAUCAAACAAGCUCUCAUACCCACCAGCGGUACGGUUGAUUUGCCCCAAAAAGCUUUUUCCAAGUCGUCAUCAUGAUAACCCUCUGCUGAAACAAUUGCCGCACAUUAAGCUUCUUCAGAGAAACGUGCAACUAGGCAAGCCGAGGAAAUGCUUCCACCCCGGAGCUUCGACGCUAUUGCCCGCUCAAAUCGGCGUCUCUUUAGAAACUGUCAGCAACUGGUCCAUCAUCAAACAGAUGUUUGUUUACCUCUGGCCAAAGGAUAAGCCGGAGAUCCGAAAACGAGUCAUCGUAGCGUUGGGUAUAUUAAUCUUGGCUAAGGUGAUCAAUAUCGAAGUGCCAUUUAUCUUCAAAGCUGCUAUUGAUUACCUCAAUGAACAAACGGGGAGUCAUCUUUCCCUCGAAGAUGCAUCAAGCACUCUAACGUCAGCAGCUUUUGCAAUUCUUGUUGGCUAUGGUCUGGCAAGGGCUGGUGCAUCAGGAUUCAAUGAGCUCAGAAAUGCUGUGUUCGCCAAGGUGGCCCAUCAUUCAAUACGAGAGGUAGCUCGACGACUCUUCAUGCAUCUCCACCAAAUGGACCUGAACUUCCACCUGUCACGGCAGACAGGCGCCCUCUCCAAAGCCAUCGACCGUGGGACGAGAGGCAUCAACUUUGUCCUUUCUGCAUUGUUGUUCAACAUUGUGCCAACCAUCUUCGAAGUGACACUCGUUAGCUCUGUAUUGUAUUACAAGUGCGGAGGGAAGUUUGCUGCUGUGACACUGGGAUGCAUUGGGACAUACAGCGUCUUCACGUUCGCCAUAACCCACUGGAGGACAAAGUUCCGCAUAGAAAUGAACAAAGCCGAGAACGAAGCUGGAGCACAGUCGAUCGACUCACUCAUAAACUACGAGACAGUGAAGUACUUCAACAAUGAGAAAUUCGAAGUAGAAAACUAUGACAGGUUGCUGGCCCAGUACCAGGAGGCCUCCCUGAAGACAACCACCAGCUUAGCACUUCUGAACUUUGGCCAGAAUGCCAUUUUCAGUGCAUCAUUGUCAGCAAUCAUGGUGUUAGCAAGUCAGAACAUCCUGAAUGGCACUAUGACAGUAGGUGAUCUGGUGAUGGUUAACGGGCUGCUGUUCCAGUUGUCGCUGCCACUUAACUUUCUUGGUUCAGUCUAUCGGGAAGUGAAGCAGUCAUUGAUUGACAUGCAGACAAUGUUUGUUCUCAUGAAGCUAAAGACGCCAAUUCAGUCUAAACCUGGAGCUCCCCUACUGGUUGUCGCUCCAAACACGGCCACGGUGGACUUUGAGAACGUCUCUUUCGGCUAUGUCGAGGGGAAGCCCAUUUUGAACAAUCUCAACCUCUCCAUCCCAGCUGGCAAGAAGGUGGCACUAGUUGGUGGCAGCGGUACAGGCAAGUCAACUAUCAUCCGACUGUUGUACCGAUUCUUCGACCCAUCUGAUGGACGGAUCCUGAUCAAUGGCCAGGACAUCAAGACAGUAGACCUCGACAGCCUAAGGAAAGCAAUAGCUGUCGUGCCUCAAGACGCAGUGCUGUUCUACAACACCAUUGAGUACAACUUGCAUUACGGUGACUUCUCGCGCUCCCUCGAAGAUGUGCGGCAUGCAGCGGACAUGGCCGAGCUGCACGACUCCAUCAUGGCCUGGCCCUUGCAGUAUGCCACUCAGGUGGGGGAGCGGGGGCUCAAGCUCUCCGGCGGAGAGAAGCAGCGUGUUGCCAUUGCACGGGCCAUCCUCAAGAACAGCCCCAUCCUGGUGUUUGACGAGGCCACCUCCUCCCUCGACUCUAUCACUGAGCAUAAAAUCAUGAUGGCACUCCAGCGGGCAUCACAAGGCCGCACAUCCAUCUGCAUCGCCCACCGCCUUUCCACCGUGGUGGAUGCAGACGAGAUAUUCGUGCUGAGCGACGGUAAAGUGUGCGAGCGAGGAAACCACCGCAGCCUUCUGGCAAACUCAUCCAGUUUCUACGCCAUGCUCUGGAACCAGCAGCACCAGCCCCACCGGGAGAAAGUGUAAUGGAACAAUUGCAAAGUUAGUUGCAAAAACAUAUGGUGGAGCAUCAGACUUGUGGUGUUAGCAAAUUAUUGCUAGCAGAACCGUUCCUCAAUGUGGCCAACAAAAAAAAAAAAAAAACAAUUGCAAAAGGGAUUGAAUAGUAGGCCAUUGCCAGAUGAUGUCUGAUUGAUGUGAACUAUAUAAGAUCAUUAACAAAAGUCAUUCAAAGCAAGUUUCUGAAGAUCUUUAACAUCAUGUACCAUAUGUUGAGCUUGUUAGUUUAGCCAAUGUGUUAAAUGCUGCUGACGUUGAAUUCUAAUGUUGGUGUUGCUCAUUUCCAAAUCUUGCACCAGUAAUACAACCCUGUAUAAAUUGUCCUUUCACCCAAACCACUUGCUCAUUUGUAUUAUUAUGCCAAAUGAAAAAAAAAAAAAACAUCUUUGCAGGUGUAUGCAAAUCCAAUCAACUCAUGCAUCAAGGGCAGUGAAGCUGUGUAAGGGAGUUCUCAAAUGAUUCGGAAGUCCUAGGGGUUUGUUUUACCACUGCCCAUAAUCUGCCCAAAACUAUGCAAACACUUCGCUAUGUCUUGUGUAGUUUCAUCACUAUACCCGAGCCUAGUGCUACUGUAGUCUCUGCUAUAGCGGACACUUGUUCUUGUAUUCUGCACAUUUUCACCCUAUGCUGGGUAAUAUGGUCACUUCAGGAGUCUGACAUAGGCUUUUCUCCGAUGAUCAUUCAAUACCAGCCACGCUGCCAGCCACCAACAUCACACUAAAAAUGUGGAACUCCCCUUAACAGCUUCACUCAGCAGAUAGAUGUUUUCAGCAAAAGUAACAUCGGCGCCAUCUGUCACCAGAAGAACAAAACUGCUCCACAUUAUACAUGUUGCGAGAAGGCACGAGUGUUGAUAAAAAACGCUAUUGGGCAAUUAAAUGUAGAAUUUGACAGUGGUAAAAGAACUGCAACAGGUAAGAAAUUGAGAUAAGAGCUCUUUGAAGCUGCACGCGCACUAAACUAACAGACUCAUUUCUGCCUGUUUUGGAUCACGUUAGCUAGCCACUAUGCGAGGCCUGGAAAUGAACUGGUCUCAGUGCUCCGAGGUUUUGUUUGCUUUUGUGCUUUUGUAGGAAGCACAUGACACCAACUCCAGGUUUCGUAAUAUAGUGCCACUGCUGUAAAGGAAGAAAGAGCACACACGGUUGUUGUAUCCAAGUGGAAUUACUGCAUCAUCAGACUAAUGUACUUGGGUGCAGUACGAGUAUUACUUACCUAAUUGCAGGCUUGUUUGAAAGUAAGAGGGCUUCUUCCAUUGGCUCUGGUAGAGAGUGUGUCCCGAGAGAAAUUGCACCAAAUGGACUCCUUUCGGACCUUCUAGUUCCUUUUGCAAAUAUCUUUUUUUCUUAUCUUAUGAAAUCUGGAGGCAACAGCCAAAAUUGGUCCAAAGAUAUAUCAAUUCUGAUCAUAUCACGCUAACGAUGGAUACCGUAGGGCUUUCUUGAAGAAGCAUACAUAUGUAUAUUCAUAAUUAUUGCUAUUUCGAAUAGACUGCUUGUCUGUUGUGCCUUCUGUAGAAUAUGUAGCUUAGAAAGACAAGUAGGGAAGUUUUUCUUUCUUAACUGACAUAGAAGGACUAAGGAAUUGUCUCCUUGCUUUUAAUAGACAUGCAGGCAUUCCAUAUGUAUUAUGCCAAAGCUACAUAAAUUUGCGCACGAGUCUCUGCAUGUGUAUGUGUGCUGCUUGUAAAAUGCUUACUGACACAUUUUUUUGGCUCAUCGUAGUUUUAUAAUUGGCUUAUAGCAAAGUUGUAUGCUGUAAGGUGCAAGGCAUGGAAUUUCAUUGCACUAUGUACGUGAAAAGAACAUGUCAUUCAUGUCAUUAAAGAAGUAAUGUUUCCACCUCUUGACAUUAAAAUCUGGACAUGUAGGUGUAUGAUAAGUGAACCGCCAUAAUCUGCAUUUUGGGGAUAACGAGCAAAGUAUGUCUUUCCUGCUUUAUUUGUGCGUAAAUUUGACAAGGCACAAAGGUUUUGACUGCAGCAAUGAUUUACCUUGUUAUUUACUAAGGCAGCACAUUGUUGAUAAGAACCACCAGUAUUCAUGUGACUGCAAUAACUUGCACUGUUUUAACUGCAGCAUGCACAGCUAUUUUUGGAAAAGGUGGCAUUUUUUCACUUUGGGAAACAGAAAGCUGCAUUCAAGAAAGACAUCCAUUUACAUUUUAUUUUGUGUGCUGGUUUUGCUGCUGCAAUAAUCUGUUUGCCGUAGCACUGCUUCCAUGAAUCCUGAAGAGAAAUGUCUCUCUCUCUCUUUUUUAUUGAGAGUUUUAAAUUGAAUGAGUGGAAAGACUAUAGUGUUGCAACUCCAUUGCACAUUUAGUAUAAUAUUUCUCACUGUGACUGACAGUUUAUGGCCAUCCUUGUUCAUUUCUUGUUAUGGUAUUGUAAAUGGAAUAUGCUUUUCAUAUACAGGGUGUUUCAGUGAACACAUUCAAAAUUUGUUAAAGGUUGCCUGCGGCAGAUAGCUCAAUUCUAGUUUAUGAGCCGGUCUACUUGAAGCGGUGGGCACUACUGGCACAAGAAUUGAAAUGCAAAAUUGACUAAUUACCAAUAAUUCACUAAUUAAAUGUUUAGUCAAUUAUCUUAUGACCCAUAUUGCAGUUUACAAAUUCUAGCAGUGGACUUUGCAAGGCGGGUCCACUUGGAACGAGUUCUCAAGACGACACCAGUUUCGAGAUAUAAAUUCCCGAACUUUGCGGAGAAAUACAUUGGUGUUCCAGUUACUUGUGUGCUUCAGUGCAUGAAACGACGUUUUCUUAACAAGUUAACUGGAACACCAGUUCAUUUCUUUGCAAAGUUCGGGAAUUUUUAUCUCGAAACUGGUGUCGUCUUGAAAAUUCGUUCCAAGUGUAUCUGCCUUGCGAAAUCCAUGGCUAUAAUUUGUAAAUUGCAAUAUGGGCCAUAAUGUAAUUAGAGACAACUUAUUUAGUGAAUUUUUAAUAAUUAGUUGAUUUCGCAUCUCAAUUUUUUUGCAAGUAUUGUCCGCUGCUUCGAGUAGACCAGGUCAUGAAGUAGAAUUGUGACAUCUGCCACAGGCAACUUUUAAAGAUUUUUGAAAAUGUUGGCUGAAGCACCCUGUAUAAUGCAUGAGUAUGCUAGAAAGCGUAUACUUAUACAUGUAAAAAUGUAAAAAAAAAUGUACAUAUACCGGAACUGAAUCUUUCUUCCUUUCUUUCUUUUCUUUCUUUUUUUGAGCAUGCAAGAUGCCAAGGACAUGAAUGCUAUGCUAUCAUGACAAGCUAUAAAUGGCAUGUUGGUGCUCCUCUUAAGCACUGGAUUUUAUGCGAAGACGAGUAAUGACCAUAUACUAGCACCACUAGCUGCUUCAAUCACUUCACAAAGCUUGUCAGUUCUGUUUACCUGUUGUAAAUUGUGUGGAUGCUUCUGUUUCAAAGAUUACAUAAAUAAAUGCAUCUUAUGUGUGUUG